AUGGAUUCCCUUGUACGUUUAAGAAUUAAGAUAUGGUCGACAGAUUCGUCAUUGAUAAACUUUUCCAAUGUGAUUAUCAAUGCCACUUUAGAUAACACCGUCGGUGACGUGAAGGACGUUAUUUGCCGAAGAUCAGAAGAAGAAGUUUACAAGAAUGAUCAGUCUUUUGAAAAGAUGAUAACUCCUGAAAGUAUUGAGGUUUGGUACAGGAAUACCAAACAAACUGAUGACAAGAAAUUGAAGUGUUUUAUCCUGGAAAAUGAUAUCAAAUAUGGUGGAGAAUAUGUAUCAUUGCAAAUGGAAACCCGGAACACGCAUGACAAGCUCGAAAACCGGGAGCGUAAUGUAUCUCGGGAUAUCUCUAGGAUCCCAUUGAUGGAUAUUGCAUUUGAAAGCAGAAAUGAAUAUAUUAAACAUGCGAUAAUUGUUAGAGAAUCAAUGAAUAUCUCCGGAAAAGAAUUGCGAGAAUCUGUUUUGGAUGAACUCCUUAGAAAGAAAACUGAUGGCCUCAAAUCGAAUUCUGUGGAUGAUGUACAUCUAUAUUUAGGAAAAUGUGGUGAAGAGAUUGAUUAUAAUGUUCCAAUAUUGGGUUGUCUUGGUAUGGAUACUUUCCCACCGGUUAGGCUAGUACUCUAUUAUGACUUGCAACUAAACGACAAAUACGUGGAGGCAGUUGAGAAAUCCCAAAUUGAGAUUAGGCUUUUAACGUCAAAUAUCAUGAAUGAAUCGAUAAAUACCGAAAAUAUCAAAGUUGACAAAUCAUCUAUAAUAAAAGAUGUCAAAUUCAAGAUUAUCGAUAUUCAAGAUCCAACAAAACUACCAAAUUUGUCCAUUGAUGAUUUAAAGCUAAUUUUCCAAGGGAAAGUUUUACAAAAUGAACAGACUGUGAUAACCGCUUUGAAAAUAGCUACCAAUCACAAAGAUCUUAAUCUGCAAUAUCCGAUAAACCUCCAUUUCGCCAUCAAUAUGGACUACUUCCAAGUAAAUAAUCUACUUAAAUCAACUACAAACGACAACAAGGAAGAAAGUAUCUGGGAACAAAUUAAAAAUGGUAAAGCCUUUGAGUUUUUGCCUAAAGUGGAAGAAAGAGAUGAUGAGUCUAUAAUCGAUACUUCGUCGAUCAGGUUCGCCAACACCGGAAUAGUGCUUCCUAGUGACCAAGGGAAAACCAUUAGAAAUGGCCCGCGAAAAUUGCAAAAAUACCAACGUGUGGGAUCUUCGUUUGACUUGGUGACCAAUGAGAAAAAUCAAAAGUUUUUGGUCGAUCAAAACAAGUUGCUGUCUAAGUUGUUCACAUUGACACUACGGUUGAAUGGCUCGAUGAAGAAGGUGACAUUAUCAACCAGUCAAGUCAUUAUUAAUAAUAAGAGCCCAGGUAGACCAUAUUUAAUGUUGAGUCCAUCAGGACUUGCCGAAGUAAAUAAACUAGGGGUUCAAGUUAAUCUCCCAAAGAUUAGUUUAGUGAGUAACAAUCUGGGUAAUAGUAAUCAUGUCUCAUUGAACAACAAUAACAACAUCAACAUCAACAUCAACAACACCAACAAUAAUAACAAUACCAAUUUCAACAACAUCAACAAUAAUAACAACAUCAUCAAUAACAAUGCCAACAUCAAUGCAAAUGCGAGAAUACCUUCACUCACAACUAUUAUUAGAAAUCUCGCAAAUACAGAAUUUAGCGUGAUCUACGAGAGCUAUAUCAGCCCAAUAAUAUCGGUUGCCAAGUAUCUUUUAGUGCUCUAUCUUUUAGUCUCUGAAUUGAGUUGGAAAAAUAGUGAUACUUCCACUUUGGUUCUCGUAGGGAUGAUGGUAGUUUACUUUAUUAUUAAACAGGAUUAUUUAGGGAGAUUUGAGAAUUUUUUGCGUGAAAAUAAUAUAGCCUCUGGAACUACUCUUCCAAGAAUAACCGAGGCCUUUCAGCAAAGUGGAAACCUCUUUGAGAAAUUACUCGAUUACUGUUGCAACAAUAGGGUUUAUCAUUAUAAUGAGGCAUUUAUUAAAAACUAUAUCGAUGAGUUAGAGGAAGAUGUGAAUGCUGAAGAUGAGGCUGCAAUGGAAUUGCAAAUUCGAAAGAUCUUGAAGGUUAAAAAACAAAUAUAUGGCGAGUACUUGGCGAAAAUGAAUCAGGCACAAGGCAGCUUAAUCCUAACAAAUUUGGAAACUAUAAUGAAGGACAGUAUUUUGUUUGUGAUCUUGAUCAUUCCACAACUACAUGAAAAGUUCAAGAGAAAAAUGGAUACUCAGAUCACGAAAUUCGUCGUCGAAAUCAGGGGGAGAUACAAUGAGCUAUUAACAGAAUCGGCCGCAGAAAUCCAAGGCAAUAAUGAAGAAAGAACACAAGAACCUGAACCUGAACCUGAACCUGAACCUGGUAUGGAAGACCUCGAAGAUUUAGAUUCUGAAAGCGAGGAAACUACACAACCUUGGGAAAAUUUUGAAAUGUUGAAUAAUAACUCGGAAGCUCUUACCACUGGCGCAUCUGCAUACCAUACCGAGCUCAGAAAUAGAAGAUUGAAUUAUCUCAAUAAUAAUAAUAAUAAUGAAAGCAUGGAUAACGAUAGCGAUGAUGCAACGGUCAGUGACAGUAGUGAUAUUACAGUUAGUGAUCCAAUUAAUAAUGUGAAUUCGGAUACCGAUACAGAAGAGCCUUGA